AUGGCCUUAGCCGUCGUCACCUCGGCCAGAAAACUGCGACCCUACUUUCAGUCGCACACGAUCAAAGUACUGUCCAACCAACCACUCCGAACGGUUAUGCAGAAUACUAACCAGUCAGGACGGUUGACUAAAUGGGCGAUGGAGCUGAGCGAACAUGACAUCGUGUACAAGAAUCGCACAGCAGCAAAGUCACAGGUCCUUGCCGACUUCUUGAUCGAGUUAACACCAGAGCUGGAGCAAGACCUCAUCCUACCAAGUUUAAACUGGAUCCUACACGUCGACGGUUCAUCCACGAGUAAAGCGUCGGGGGCAGGAGUGCAACUGCAAUCACCAACUGGAGAACUCAUCCGGCAGUCAUUCAGCUUUGGUUUUGCGGCGUCAAACAACGAAGCUGAGUACGAAUCCCUCAUCGCAGGGCUCCGUCUCGCCAAGGCAGUGAAAGCCAAAAGAAUCAGUGCUUACUGCGACUCUCAACUUGUCGUAAGCCAGUACCUCAGCGAUUACGACGUCCAUUACGUCACCAAAUGGGUUGAAGCCGAAGCCUACGCCAGCAUCACCGACAAGGAGGUGCAAAACUUCGUCUGGAAGAACAUAAUCUACCGACAUGGGCUCCCAUACGAGAUCAUUACAGAGAACGGUUCACAAUUCAUCUCCCAUCAUUUCAAGGGAUUCUGCGACAGAUGGCGAAUUCGACUCAACAUGUCGACCCCGAGAAACCCGCAAAGUAACGGCCAAGCCGAGUCGACGAACAAGACCAUCAUCGACGGUCUGAAGAAAUGA